AUGCUGGCGGAGGCCAGGCCACUUGGCAAAUUUGCCUACUUCAUCCAACGCGCUAUCUACAUCUGCAUCCAGUCAAAUUACCGCGGAGCUACUUGCAAUAUCGCGAAACUAAUCACGUAG